AUGUCAGACGUUACCACCGCAAUCACGACUGCCUGUACCUACAAGGCCAAGGACAGCGACACCAUAGCAAGCACCUCAGGAUCCGACCUCCGACCCGGCGCCGAAACCCGGAGACGACGACACUCGUUCUUCCUCCCCAGGAGACGAUCUCUUGUUGGACACAUCAUGGACGGCGAGGAGGGCCUCCUUCUCAAGGUCGACUUGUUCCUCUCAGAACUCGAGCGCCGUCUCGACUUUAUUGAGAAUUAUGUCGACCUGAGCAAGGACUCGAGCAUUUCUCGCACCUUUUCUACUCUCCAAGCCGUCCGUUCAAGAUGUUCCCACGCUUCCGAGGAAGUCCUUGGUGUUGGACGACGUCGUCUACAUAUCAUGGUCGAAACGUUGGAGACGAGAUAUAAAGAGACUCUAGAAGCUGCUGAGUCGCUGAACGAAAAGGCGCAUGUCGGCGUUGAUCUCCUUGAGAACAUGCUCUCCGAUUUUGAGGCUCGCGCAUACAAGUUGCGCGAGCAGGGUUUCGCUAAUGCUGCGAACGCUGCUGAGGCAUUCAUGGACGAGGGACGACGAGUCGCAAACGAGGGUUUUGAACGAGCCAUUCAAGCUGCGCUCUCCAUGGAGGAACAUAUUCAGCAAGCCAUCGUCCUGGCUAAAGAAGGACGCCUCCUUUCAUAUGACGACCUACCUUCCCCCUGGCGCAACAAUCCGCACAUCCAUAAGGGUUAUCGCUUCACCGAAUCCAAACUGGAGUGUGUACUCUCGGCCUUCAAUGUCUCAAAUGAGACGGUCAAUAUUUGGUCCCAUGCUCUUGGCCUUGUCCUGGUCCUUGCAAUUGCGCUCUACUUCUAUCCAAAUACUGCCAACUUCAGCCUUAGCACCAAAACUGAUGUAUUUGUUGCGGGCGUCUUCUUCGUUAUGGCUUGCUUAACCCUGGUUUGCUCAACAAUCUGGCAUACUAUGAACGCUGUUGCCGACGUCGAUGCUAUUUCCAUCUUCGCUUGUGUGGAUUAUACCGGCAUCUCUCUUCUAAUCGCAGCCUCGAUCAUGACGACCGAGUAUACCGCCUUUUACUGCGAUCCAAUUAGUCGAUACCUGUAUAUGGGCCUGACGGCUUUUCUCGGUAUCGGGGGCGUCAUUCUGCCCUGGCAUCCUCGCUUUAAUGGUGCUGAUAUGGCAUGGGCUCGUGUCGCCUUCUUCGUUGGGCUUGCUUUGACUGGAUUCAUGCCCAUGGUUCAGCUUGGCUUUACACACGGACUUUACUUCGUGUACGAUUUCUACUCACCGAUCUCAAAGUCGAUGCUUGUCUACCUCACCGGGGCUGUUGUCUACGCCAGCAAGAUUCCUGAGAGAUGGUACCCUGGCUGCUUUGACUAUGUAGGUGGAAGCCACAACCUCUGGCAUGCUGCCGUCCUUGGAGGCAUUCUGUUUCACUACUCAGCCAUGCAGACCUUCUUUGCCAACGCCUUCCACCGAGCAGAAGCUGGCUGCCCUUCGUAUUAA